UUGAGAAAACAAAACUUGAUGUGUAUAAUGGAUACUUUGUAUUCAAAUUCAUUCAAGCCUCUCUAUAUUUCUCACUUUUUGCUCCUUUUGUUUUUGGCAUCAUCAUAUCUGCACUCUAGUGGUAGCUACUGUCUUUGUUUGGGUGAUGGAGUUACAAGCACAAGUGUGAGAUCAUGCAUCCAGGAAGAGAGAAGUGCGCUUCUCAGUUUUAAACGGGAUCUCAAGGAUCCCUCUGGGAGGCUUUCUUCUUGGGUUGGUCACCAUUGUUGCCAAUGGGAAGGGAUUUCAUGCAACAACCGCACCGGUCAUGUGGCAAAGGUGAACCUCCGGAAUCCAUAUCCGUAUUUGAGAUAUCAUGAUGGAUGGGGGGAGUUGGCUUAUAACCAGUCUUGCUUGGGAGGUAAGAUAAAUCCAUCUAUGCUUAGCUUGAAACAUUUAAAUUAUCUGGAUCUAAGCUACAAUGAUUUUGAUGAGAUUCACUUUCCUGAGUUUCUUGGUCAGCUUAAAAGUCUGAGAUAUCUCAAUAUCUCCUCUGCAUCAUUUUCGGGAGAGAUUCCCCCUUCUUUUGGUAACUUAUCACACUUGAACUGCCUUGACCUCAGUGAACAAUCUGGCUACUCCUUACUUGAACUACCUUCGAAUAGCUUGAAUUGGCUUUCUCAUCUCUCUUCCCUAAAAUACCUAAAUCUCGGAGGCAUGAAUCUUAGCAGCACAGGAGUAAGUUGGGUGGAUGUCAACAUGCUUCCUUCCUUACUAGAGUUACACUUAUCCUCAUGCAAAAUUGAAAGCCUUUCACUCUCAAUGCAGAGCAAUAUUAACUUUACAUCAUCACUUUUGGUCCUUGAUAUGUCAUAUAAUAAUUUCGAUAGUUUUCCAUUUCCCACCUGGCUUUUCAACCUUACUAGCCUCAUAAAACUUGAUCUAAGCGGGAAUUCUUUCAGUGGUCAUUUUCCAAGUGAACUUGCAAGCCUCAAAUCUCUAGAAUACCUCGAUUUAUCUUUUUUGGGCCUCACAGGUCAAAUUCCUAGAGCCAUUGGAAACUUAUGCAAGCUAAAGACAUUAAGUCUUCGAUUGAACAACUUUGAUGGUGAGGGGAUUGAAGAGUUUUGGAGGAGUCUGUUAAACUGUCCAAAUAAUACAAUGUUAGGGUUAGUAGAUAUGUCUGCUUGUGGUCUGGGAGGCAAACUACCGGCCUCCUUAGGAAUGUUAAAAAGUUUGCAAUACUUGGACCUUGGGGGCAACAAUUUUUGGGGUUCAAUUCCAGAGUCUAUUGGAAACUUAUCAUUCUUGAAAAAACUUGACCUAUCUGAUAAUCAUAUGAACGGGUCCAUUCCAGAAUCUAUUGGAAACUUGUCUUCCUUGAAAACACUGAACCUCUAUGAAAAUUAUAUGAUUGGUUCCAUUCCAGUUUCUAUUGGAAACUUGUCAUCCUUAACAAUAUUGGAGCUCUCUAGUAAUUGUAUGAACGGGUCCAUUUCAGAAACUCUGGGAAAAAUGUCCGAGCUCGUUGAACUUCAUCUGUCUCGUAAUCCAUGGAAAGACAUUCUAACUGAAGCUCAUUUCAUAAAUCUCACCAGAUUGAAAUAUCUUUCAAUAUACAGUGAUGAAAUUGAGAAACCCAUGUCCCUCAUUUUCAACAUGGCUCAUGAUUGGGUUCCUCCUUUCAAGCUCCAGACAAUUGAGAUUGCCAACUGUCGAAUAGGUCCUGGUUUUGGGGCAUGGCUUCAAUCACAAACUGAACUAUCUAGUGUUAUUCUUCGAAAUAAUUCCAUCUCGGAUUCCGUACCAGCGGAAUGGUUCUUGAAGAUAUCUUCCCAAGUUGAGUAUUUGGAUUUAUCUUAUAACCAUAUCCUCGGAAAGCUUCCCUUCCAGUUGAAGUUUCCAAAGAUACAAUAUGUCAAGUUGGGUCAUAAUCAAUUUGAGGGACCAUUUCCACUUUGGUCCACUAGCGCCUCCCUCCUUGAUCUUGAAAGCAAUUUGUUUUCUGGGCCAAUUCCCUCCAAUUUAGACCAACUGAUGCCUAAAUUGAGACAACUGUAUGUUUCUGACAACCGUUUAAGUGGUACCAUUCCAACCUCCAUUUGCAACAUAAAGGAUAUGAAAGUCGUUUCGCUGAAAAACAAUACGUUAUUUGGAGAAUUCCCUCAACAUUGGAGUUUGUGGAGCCGAAUAGAAGUUAUUGAUGUGGCCCACAACAAUCUCUCCGGUAAUAUUCCGAGUUCAAUGGGUAUCCCAAGUUCUCUUCGGGUUUUAAAAGUGAAAAACAACAGUUUUGGUGGUGAAAUUCCUUUUUCCUUGCAAAAUUGCACUUUUUUGAGGAUACUUCAUCUUGGAGGCAACAAAUUCACUGGAAACCUACCAUUAUGGAUUGGUUCAAAUGUAUCCACGUUGCAACUGUUGCAACUGCGACAAAACCUUUUAAGUGGGCAUAUCCCGCAACAAUUCUGCAAUCUUCCCUACCUUCACGUCUUAGACCUUGGUCACAACCGCCUUUCAGGGACCAUUCCAAAGUGUCUGAAAAAUAUGACUUCUCUAGCCCAAGCUGAUGCUAAAAACCUUCCUGUGCAGGGUGACGAUAUCCGCUACUUCUAUGAUGAAUACUAUGGACAAACAACAAUAACAUCAAAAGGGAAAGAACUCGAAUACAGAGAUUUCCAAUUAAUCAUUUUGGCAAAGAGCAUUGAUCUUUCGUCAAAUAGUUUUGAAGGUGAAAUCCCUGAAGAAGUAGGCAGUCUCCUUGAAUUGGGUACGUUGAACUUGUCGAUGAAUGGAUUAACUGGAGAAAUUCCUUCAAGCAUAGGAAAUUUACAUUGGCUGGAAACUCUUGAUCUCUCACACAACCAUCUUUCAGGACGUAUUCCUCAAAGCUUUUCUUCUUUAACCUCUCUAUCUCACUUGAAAUUAUCUGACAACAACUUGAUUGGAAAAAUACCUUCGGGCAACCAACUCCAAACCCUCGAUGAUCCAUCUAUUUAUGAAGGCAAUCCAUCAUUGUGUGGGGCUCCUCUUUCAACUCUUUGUCCGGUAGAUGACACAAGUAUAGGACAAACUUUUCCUGCAGAAGAUCACAGUAAAGAAGAUAAGGAAGUGCUUUGGUUUUAUGCUAGCACUACACUCGGUUUCAUCAUAGGCUUUUGGGGUGUUUGUGGCACGUUGGUUGUAAAAAAGUCAUGGAGGUAUGCCUAUUUUCAAUUCUUUGACAACGUCAGAGAGAAGGCAACAUUAACAGUUGCAUUGAAAGCAGCUCAUUGGCAAGGGAGAUUGUGAUGGGAAGAAAAAUAAAUAAAAAUGUGCAUGCGUACGUGUUCUGGUGGGCUACUUGCGUGCCUUCUGCUGCUGAAGCUUACUCUCGGGGACUUGUCUUAGGUUUCAAAUUAUUGUUUUUGCUAUUUUUUUUAUUUGGAUUGGCGUGGUUUGUUUUAGUGCUUUCCUUGCUUUGUUUUCGGCUCUCUUACAUGGGGUUUUGGUUAUUGUCCUACCUGUUUAGGUGUUACUCUUUUACUUCUUCAAUAAAUUCUCUCGU